AUGUGGUUGACAUUUGUUUGCAAGUUUUUUGGGAUUUCCGAUCGAAUUUUAGAAAUCCUCAAAUAUUAUUAGCUAGAAAUCUACAUUAUAAACGUUUCAAAAUGAGCAUUUAAUGACUAUUGUGUACAUAAAACGUGUUUUCCAUCGUUCCAAGUACACAAAACUUGUGUGAUCGCGGUUUUGGAAGGGUUUCGUAGAAAUGCGCUAGAAGCCAUACAUACAUCAUCACCUAUCGUCACUUAUAGUUCCAAUUUGCCGUACUGCGGUACACUCAGUGAUAAAUGAAGUUCAAGAAUGAAGCAAAAUAGUGGAGAAAUAGUGUUAUUUUAGUGUUCGGCGUACUAAAUUACGAGUCUUACAUCUUUCAAAAGAGAUUAUUAAAAAAAGCAUCGAAACCUUAUAUAAAUCUGCAAUGUAAUUGACCAUAUCAACAAUGAACAUCAAUUAAAAUACAUUUGAUUUGAAAAUACCGCCUUAAACUUAAUUAUUUGAUUAAAAUAUCCAAAAGUAUCCUGAAAACAUGUCUAAAGAAAUAGAAAUAAAAAUAGAGCCCAAUGAUCCACAGUUUGAUGAAAAUGAUGAAGAUUCAAAUUCAAAUAUGGAACAGCCAGCAAGUACUUCUAACACAGACCAUAUAAAUAAUUUUGUUGGAAUAAAGCAGGAGCCAGUUAUACAGAUUAAAUUGGAGCCUCUAGAAGAUGAAUAUCAAGAUGAUUCCGGUGAUAUGGAUACAGAGAAUGUACUGAUGAAAUUUGAACACAGUUUGUAUGAAAGUAAUGAGGCAAUAAAGCUCCCCAGAGCAAAGAAUGUGAACUACAAAGAGGAAGAUUCGGACGAAGAGUAUGUGCCCCGCAUGAAAACUGCUAAAAAAACUCAUAAGAAAUUAAGCACCUUCGAUCCCAAUGUCAAACGCGGAUUCAAAGGGCGAUCUAAAACUAAAUCAAAAGACGAUCCAACCUACUCGGAAGAUAUAAUGGACAAGAUAGACAUAGUGACCAUAGACGAGGCGACCCGCCAAGAAGAGCACCAAGAUGCGCUGCGCACGCGCAAGCACAUGAACUACACCUGCGACUACUGCGCGCUGGGGUUCGUCGUCGAGGAGGCUUACCAGAUGCAUCUGAAGAUACACUCUGAGGAAGCAGGUGAUCACGAGUGCGACAUUUGCAAGGUGCGUCUGAAAACUUCCGAGAUGCAGUAUCAGCACAGACUGCGUCACUAUCGGCGCUACCGCUGUUCCAUAUGUCAUCUGCAACAGCGGGAUAAGGACACUGUCGCUGCGCACAUCAUGAGACAGCAUAUGGGAAUUGCGUUCGUGUGCAAACACUGCGGCAGAGAUUUCAAGCGGCCACAGUACCUCAACCGCCACAUCAAGCAGAUGCACACCAAGCCGUUAUACCUGGAGUGCCCGGUCUGCAGUCGCGUGUUCCACGAGCGCGGCUGGUUUCGCUGCCACGUGCGAACUCACAACGAGCAAGUCCAGAAGAACAUCACCAGGAAGGUGCAGUGCUCGCACUGCGGCCGCGAGUUCCGCAACAAGCAGUACCUGGUGCGCCACCUGGCGGUGCACGAGGACCGGCGCCCCAAGACCUGCGACAUGUGCUCCCGCUCCUUCAAGAACAGCGAGGUGCUGCGCGUUCACAAGCGACAGCACCACGGCCAGAACCCUGCAAGGGACUACGCUCUUAAUGAAGCUAGGAUACCAAGGUGUGGCGCCAACACCACGUGCGAGGUGUGCGGCCGCAUCCUCACCACGCCCGCCAUGCUGACGCGGCACGUGCAGCGGAUGCACACCGAGCGCAUCAAGAAGUUCCAGUGCGACUACUGCCAGAAGCACUACUUCACGAAGGCGGAGGUGCGCUCGCACAUCGAGUGGACCCACCUGCAGCGCCGCAAGCACGCGUGCGCGUGUGGGCGGGUGUUCCGCUCGCCCGCACUGCUGCGCGACCACGCGCUCACGCGCCACCUCAACGUGCGCCAGCCCAAGGACAAGAGCUGCGGCGUGUGCGGCAAGAUGUUUGCGAACCAACAAGUCUUAACGCGUCACGUAAAGGGGCACUCAGGCGAGACCUACCCGUGCACAGAGUGCGGGCAGAAGUUCAAAACGCAGUCGUACGUCAAAGUGCACUACAAGAUAAAACAUCUCAAGAUGACGAGGGCUGAAGUGAAAGCCCAGAGCAGGAGGAAGCUUAUCAUGGUGCAUAGCGAAGAACCUAUCAACGCGAAGAUCAAAGUCAGUAAAAAAUCUAAAGAUAAGACCGAAGAUCCAUUGAAUUUAGACAAUUUUGAACAUGUGGAUGUGAUGCCGAAUGUGAAAAAAGAAGUGACAGAUCCUACCGUGCCGCUUUUUGAAACUUUCGUUGAUAUACAGCGGGAGUGUUGAAGAAAUGUAUCUACUUAAAAGUAAAUCAAUUUAAACGAGUCUGGUUAACGCAACAUGAUGCCAAUUCUGUUUUACUCAAAUUUAUGAACUAAAAUAAACAGACAAAUCUAAUAACGGUACAAUUCACUUAAAUUAAAAUCUUGCAUCAUCAGUGAAUGAUGUUGGACACUUGUUAAGUACAAUGGUGACUCAGCUGUCAUGCACAUCACUCUGCCAGAAGUUCGAGCUAUUGUACUCAAAAGUGACAGACCAGGUCUCUCAAAAAUCUAUCCUUGCAACGAACCACACUAAUCGUUAAAAACAGAUCGUAUCCUAUCCAAAAAUCUCUGUACCCGAUGGAGGAUCACCGACUGCAAGCAGUAGUUCAAGGUACGUGCAUUUGGUAUUGUAAUUUCUUAUUUCAAAUGUGAAACAUCGUCAUUGUGAGACCCUAAGGUUUGAGUCUGAUUUUCCUCUGUAACGAGUUACUACAGGUGCUUUCCUUUUCCUCAAAGUGCAUAUAACGAAAGGGAUGGCGCUAUUAACAUACUUGUGAAUUUCGUGUAAUUUACAGAUUUGUGAACAACAGAAUUGGUAACAGUAUCCAAAAUUUAGACAACUCUAAAAAUUAGGAAAUGAUAGACAAAUGUAGAUAAAAUUAUAGAUUCACACGUGCUGAAACUCGGGUGGAUAUACAAUGAGGGUGUUGUGGGAAUUGCUAUUGCGGCAGGAAUAUGAAGUGAAGUGCAGAUCAAAUGAAGUGAAAAAAAUCGAAACGAAACUUAAACCGAAGAUGCAUUAUAGGUACUUAGAUAAGUGAAUUUUGAAAUAAACUAAAACACCGUGGUAUAUGCCUCCAACAACUUGAUUAUAGUCACGUGCCGCGUAACUUACGUUGUCCAAUGGGUACAGGAGGGUAAACAAAAAUAUUCCACCUGAAUAAACUAUCUAGCCGAAUUUUGAACUUUUUGGUGUUAAACAACAUUCUAAUUUUGUAAUAAUCUCCUUAUUCUAAGGUUAUGUCUAGGUUUAACAAAAUCACUCGCGCUGUACUGUUUAAAACGGUUCUGGAUCAUUAUUCAUUAUUUAUAAGUCACGCGGUAUAGGACUGUUUAAAACUUAAGAUGUUACAAAAGCAAAUAUUGAAGUUAUUAAUUAUUCUUGCACCGCAGAUCAAUUAAAUAUGGAAAAAGAGUAAGCAGUAUAUAACCAAGUUCAAAUUUUUAAAACGUUUGUUAAUGUGAUAUUGCAAAUAUUGAAUUGAAGUUAAAUUUAAAUUGUGAACCUGCAUAAGUGAGAGUUAAUUCUUCUAGUCGAUAUCUAUUUUAGCUUAAUAAAAUACAUAAGGAUUUGGUCCAAACAACUGUCAAAAAUACGUAACAUCCUAAGACGUAGUUUUGAGACUAGGCUUUAGGAAGUCCCGAGACAUCGAGAGACUUCGAGAAUUCCCAGAAUAAAAUUAGAAUCGUGUUAAGUUGUGGCGAGAUGUAUUAAUAAAAAAAGCAAUUUCUAGUACAUAUCAAUAUGUAUGAAACAUAAAAUCUCUAACGCAAUUUUAGUACAAACAAUCUCUAUGUUUAAAUCUUCCAAUCAUAGAUACAGUUUUUGGUAAUAACUUUUGAAUAUUUUGGCACUACGUUUUGGCCUUUUGUGGCGAACGCAUUUAGGAUUAUGGUGUAGACCGUAUCAAGUGAUUACAUUAUAAGCUUGUGCAUUAAAUAAAGUUGUUAUACUUAAA